CCUUUCGUUGGCUCGCAGUGCAACCAAGCUCACGCUCCGUCUUAUCGAUUCCAUCAUGACCGGUACUUCCAAGCCCAAGGUUCUGCUCGCCUACUCCGGCGGCCUCGACACCUCCUGCAUUCUCGCCUGGCUGAUCGAGCAAGGCUAUGAGGUCAUGGCCUACAUGGCCCAGAUCGGCCAGGAGGAAGAUUUCGAAGCUGCCCGUGAGAAGGCCCUCAAGAUCGGCGCGACCAAGGUCUUCAUCGAGGAUCUCCGCCAGGAGUUUGUCGAGACGCUGAUCUGGCCUGCCGUCCAGUCCAACGCCCUCUACGAGAACGUCUAUCUGCUCGGCACCUCGCUCGCUCGCCCAGUCAUUUGCCGCAAGCAGGUCGAGAUCGCUGUCCGUGAGGGCUGCGAAUACGUCUCGCACGGCUGCACCGGCAAGGGUAACGACCAAGUCCGUUUCGAGCUGGGCUACUACGCCCUGCAUCCCUCCAUCAAGGUCAUUGCUCCCUGGAGAAUUCCCGAGUUCUACGAGCGCUUCCCUGGCCGCAACGCUCUCCUCGAAUAUGCCGCCCAGAAGGACAUCCCUGUCUUCCAGACCGCUGCCAAGCCCUGGUCGACCGACGAGAACCUCUAUCACAUCUCGUUCGAGGCUGGCAUCCUUGAGGAUCCCAACAUCACCCCUCCCCGCGAUAUGUGGAAGCUCACUGUCGAUCCCGAGGAUGCCCCCAACACUCCUGAGCGCAUCGAAAUCCACUUUGCCAACGGCAAGCCCUGGAAGGUGCUCAACACCGAUACCAAAGAAUCGAUCACUUCCCCUCUGGAUCUGUUUAUCUACCUGAACUCGUUGGGUCGCAAGCACGGUGUCGGACGCAUCGAUAUUGUUGAGAACCGCUUCAUCGGCAUCAAGUCCCGUGGAUGCUACGAGACCCCCGGCGGCACCAUCCUCCGCGCUGCCCACGUUGAUCUCGAGGGCCUGACCCUGGAUCGUGAGGUUCGCCGCCUCAAGGACCAGCUGAGCUCGCGCCUGGCCGAGAUCAUCUACAACGGCCUGUGGUACUCGCCCGAGCGCGAGUUUGUCAUGGCCAGUGUCGAGCAGAGCCAGAAGGCCGUCAACGGCAUCGUCAAGCUCAAGCUCUACAAGGGCAACGUCAUCGUUGAGGGUCGCUCGUCCCCCAACGGCCUGUAUGACCAAGACAUUGCCUCGAUGGACAUUGCCGGCGGCUUCAACCCCAGUGACUCCGAUGGCUUCAUCAAGAUCCAGAGCAUCCGCCUGAAGGCGUUCGUCGCCCAGAAGAAGAAGCUCGGCCUUUAACUGUGCAGCCCAAUCCACCCAGUGAUGGCUUUGUUUCCUC